AUGCACGCGUUGAGAACAUGGGCAUCUGGCCGUUCUAUGGGAUCCCGAAGUUCAAGCAAGUGGGCCAGCUCCACCGACAGGGUUAUCGUAUUGGGCGACGCUGCACAUGUUAUUCCACCCACAGCCGGCCAGGGGGUUAACCAAGCGUUCGAAGACAACCUAUCUCCUCAGACGCCUCUUGUGGAGGCUUUGAAAUUUUGGCAGGACUACCGCCAGCGCCAGAUCGAUAAAAUCCUAGAGCUUACCCAGCAAAUGAACCCGAAGCAUUUACCCCCUGCAGAACAAGCCAAGCUUUCGCCAGGUGCAAUCUGGACUGACGAUUCAGCAACAAGCGGAGAAGGCGGCCAAUUGGGGUGGUUGUAUGAGCCGGACCUCGAUGAGGACGUUGCGAAGUGGCUUGCUGAUCAUGGUUCAUCGACAGGAGAUUCUAUUUACUCUCGGCUUUUUCUUACAAUUCCUCUUGUGUCUGCGGUAAUAUCGAGACGUGAACUGGGAGGCCUUCUAGUGUUCCCCGGGGGGGUAUUUGGGCCUCUCAAUGUGGGCUACAGUCGAAAAUGA